ACGGUGCAUAGCUUAGCGCCGUAGUCAGUACGCUAUAACCACAAGUCCAUUCAAUCCUUAUCUUGCCCUUCUUCCCUUCUCCAUAUGUAUCUGCCCAAGAACCUCGGAAAGCUUCUCUUCCCUUGCUCACGAGGGUUUCAAUUGGUACAAAUGGCAUCUGCAUGUGGUCCUAUCACCUGCGAAUGAACCUUGCUGUCGCUAGCUACCCAUGCGAAUAUUCUCACUCAUUGAGGACGUGGCUGCCAUCGUCAUACAUAGGCACUUCUCCAUAAAAUCCAUUCGAGCUUCUUGAUGAAUCUUUCAGCUGGAUCCCUUCUGAUUCCCUCAUGCUGCUCCUUUCCCGCACCCUUUACAGCCUUGCUGUUUCUCUCUUCUCGCUCUCAGUCUCUGCAACGCCCACAAUCACAAGAAGGCAUGUAUCCAGUGUAGGUCCUCGAACUCCCUCGUCGCCCCUUCCUGCGGCAGAUUACUCGGUAGCCAUCACCGCUUCUGUCCCUCGGACGAAGGCGAAGAGGUUCCUGAUGCAGGCUCUGCGCGAAAGCCAAGCUGCUCAAGCUGGGAGUAAUUUCACCACAAUCGUCGGAGGGUCCGAUUUCGAUGAGGAAUACCUCACCAAUGUGACGUUUGGAGAACAAGAUUUUUUGCUUAUUGUUGAUACGGGAAGCUCAGAUACCUGGGCUCCAGAAAUAGGAUUCGCGUGUUUUGAUCUUGAUAACAACCCCGUUCCGCAGUCCCAAUGCGCCUUUGGCACUUCCGGGUUCGACGUCAACGGUUCUUCGACUUUUGUAGCCGACCCAGACACCAACUUCAACAUCGAAUACGGCGACGGCGAGUUCCUCACGGGUACAGUGGGGUUCGACACGGUCACUGUAGGAAAUAUGGUGGUAAUCAAUCAGGAAAUAGGGAUUGUGACGAAUGCCGCAUGGGAGGGAGAUGGGUUUAACACGGGUUUGAUGGGGCUGGCGUCGCCGAAUUUGACUAGUGUAUUCCAAGGGACGAAUCCCGACGACGAUGAAUUCCCGCAAACGCAGAUUCCGUAUAACCCUGUGUUUUAUUCAGCGGUCCAACAAGGAGUGGUUUCUAACCCAUUCUUCUCGGUAGCGCUCGACCGUGGAUCGUUCGCGGCUGAGAACAGCUCCGAUUUGGAUCAAAAUCUCGGCUUCAUCGCGUUCGGUGGUAUCGCCCCAGUAGACGUCACGGAUUCAGCUGUGACUGUCCCAGUUCAAGGCUACAACGCUGCGAGCUUCCUUCCUGAAAACGGGAGCAGCGUCACUUACUUUUAUUACACCGUCGAUGUUGAGUCGAUGUCCUUCACUGGUAAUAAAAAGGUGUUUGGUACAACUAACAACAUCAUCCUAGACACCGGAACCACCCUGGACUACGUUCCAACCCAAGUCGCAGAUGCAUUCGCCGCCGCUUUUGAUCCUCCCGCUGUCAAAGACGAAGACGAAGGCGUCUACGUAGUCGUAUGUAGCGCCACUGUCCCCGAAUUCACAGUCAACAUCGGCGGAGUAGAGUUCACAGUCGAUCCAGCUGAUAAUCUUCUUCCUCUGGGUGUUCAAGAUGACGAGGGGAAUGAUUUGUGUGCUAGUGGGACUUUUGACGGAGGCCCUGCAGAGGAAGGAAAUAUAUUCAUCUUAGGAGACACAUUCCUACACAACGUCGUGGUUACCUUUAACAUCGAGACAGACGAAGUCACACUCACACAACGAACGCCAUACACCAACGGUGGUAAUGGUGCAAGGCGUCGCUCUCCUCCUUCACUGAGGCGACGAAGUCUGUAGAGAUUUGGGCCAACUGGAAAUAGUUUUGUGAUGAAGUUGUUUGAUUUCAUACUGUAUAAGAAGGAAAUUCAAAGAUUGUUAUAAACAAGCGCCCGAAUUAUAAUAAGCGCCUGUGGCUGACGUCGAUAUAAUCCGCUGACGUCAUACCAAAAUUCAAAAGCCGCAGUGGUGCGCGCAGAACACGUACG